AUGAACACGACCGCGCAAGAUAACGUUACACUUGGUCCGACAGUGACUGUGCCAUCGGAGACAGUUCCGGGGAAAAAGCCGCCUAAGAAACGCAUCCGAAACUUUACAGCUGACGACCGAGCUGCGCACCGAAUCUUUGAGAAGGGUCGUCGCGAGGCCUUCAAAGAGCGGUUGAUUGAACUCGCCGGCCAGCUCCCUGCCCUUGCAGAUGCGGACCCCCAACGCUUGUCGAAACAUGUCGUGAUCGACGAGAGCAUCGCGCGCCACAAACUUUUGGAAAGUCGAUGUGUCGGGGCACUGCGAGGCAUCCAGUCAUUGAUUCAAGAGCGUGAUGAGUUGCUGGCCGAGGUGAAUAACUGGAGAAGUUCUACCGGUACCUCUUUGCGGCAGCCUAGACCUAUCGUCAUCAACGUCGAUGGCCUUAUAGAAACCGAAAAGGAUACCCAGCGUCGCGCAUCUGCCGUGCGUGUAAGCCAAAGCCAAACUACAAGAAGAAGCUCCGAACAGUCUGGAGGCCCUUCUGAGGAGGCGUUCCAAGCCGCAGUACCGACCGAGUGGGACCAGCCGGAUGAAACGGCACAUAUACCUCGAGUCCUCCCGUCAGAGCCUAUCCAAGAUGUAUCUGCUGCCUCUGAACUUAAUGGCCUCUUAAUUGACUCCUCCUGGCCACAAGUCACGCAGGACCGGCCGGUCACGUUUUCUGUAGAACCAGCCAUGGAAGCCUUGGCUCUCCCGGGUCAACAAUCAAUGCAAUCCGAUGCCCAUUCGGACCUUUUGCCUGCUUCUAAACCGGGCGUGAACAAUUACCAACUACUGGAAAAUAUCAAUACCCAGCAAGACUUGUACCGAGAUAUUCAAUCCAUGGAGUAUACUGCUACGAAUAUGUCAUUCGAGACAUCCCAUGUACCACCCUCCCCAAGCUAUUUGAGUUCAGUCGCUAUACAACAAAGCAUGCCCUUUCAACAUCAGCAGCAAUGGGUUCCAUGGCCUGGAUGA